ACCCCAAUUUCGUAUUCCAAAUUCUGAGCUAUGUAGAAACACACACACACACACACACACCCUAAAAAAUCCCCAGUCACUAUGAACUGCAAACUACGUCGUCUGGAACUCCUGCGCAAUGGCCGAAAUGCGGACUGCGAGCUGCAUGUCUGGUAUCCGGAUAGGGUGGAUGGUAAGCGGGGCCAGCGAAUCUUCCGGUGCCACCAGGUAAUGCUCGUCUCCGCCUCCGGGGAAUUCGAGCGGCUGAUCAGGGAUCCCGAGUUUGGGAAAAACAAGAACGUGAUCAGCGUGGAGGACGCCUCGCCCACCGCCUACGAAGCCCUGCUCCUCUAUAUAUACACUUACGAAGUCUGCAACGCGGUCACCAUCGACAUGUGUGGUGACCUCAUGCACCUCGCACAGCGCUACAACAUGCUGGACUUCAUCGACUGCUAUAUAGAGAAGCUGGCCAACCAGGAGUGGCCCAUGGAGGUGGUGCUGCAAGUCUUCCACCUGGCCAGUGAACACAAUCAUCCGGCUUUAAUGGAUCUCGUGGCGAAGAAAAUCCUGCCCAUAGCCACUCAAGUUCUCAAAGACCAAUCCUUUUUGAAGUUAAGUCUUGAGGAGCUCAGGGCUCUGAUGGUCAUCCUAAAAAGGGAAGGAGUGCUUUCCGACCACCAACUGCUGGACUCGCUGAGGAACUACCAGGAGGUGAACGACAUACGCUACAACAAUAUGGAGCAGUUCCAGCAGUUUGUGGAGGUGACUCAAAUAUUCGCCAACGUGCUUUUCGAGCUCCUUUUCGAGGUGGACGGCACCUUGGUCCUGCCCGAAGACGAGGCGUUCUUGACCAGAGAAGUCGGCUCGGACACCUCGGUUUACCAAAGAAGCAGUCCGUAGCCAGUUUAGAUUACAUAUCUAGAGGGAUCAUUUAUUGGAGAGUGGAAAAAAAGGGCGCUGGGGCAAAACAAACAAAAUCGCAUUCGGAUCGGCUUAUACAAUAAAUACUAUAACAU